CAGGUCCGGCGGGAGCACGAGGAGCUGCGGCGCGCCGUGCAGGUGGUGUCGCUGGACCAGCAGGGCCUGCGGGCCCAGCAGACGGGCCACGAGUCCCAGCUCCUGCGCGCGCUGGAGGGGAUCGGCGCCGCGACGCAGGCCCGCGCCGCAGACGACCAGCGGCAGAGGGCUCUGGAAGGUCGCGUGGAGAGGCUGGCGGAGGAGGCGGGCACGACGCGGCGGCGGCUGGAGGACCUGGACGGCCUGGCAAAGAUCAGCGGCGACGUGGAGAGGAGUCUCGAGCUCACCGCUUGGAACUGCUUCCAGGGGGAGCUGAAGCUCUGGCAGCGCAUGAAACAGAUGACCGGCCAGGCGCUGCCGCUGGAUGCGCCGUCGCCACGCCGGUCGCUGGUGACCGUCUCCGUCGACCAGCUGGGCGCGCUGAGGGCGGGCGUGGCGCGCGACGCGGGGCGGCUCGGGGCGUGACAGCGCCCCUCGGGGGCAGCGUGGGGAAGGCUUCGGGCUGCGCGCAGACAGCCCCCAGGGAAAUCCUCAGGACUCCCCGGCUGGCCUCGGCCCCUCCCCCCCCCCUCCCCUUCCUCCUCCUCCUCCUCCUUCU